CCUGGCACGUUUUUUGAGCCUCGCAGUGGAAGCGGCGGCAUCGCCAUGGCGCCAGGUCAACGUCGAACCUGACCACGCCAACACGUGGGAUGACCGCCCCCGCGGCGGCUAUAUCUAGUCAGCACCGGCCGGCGCUGCGGCCCCGGGUAGCGAAACGGUGGUGGGUAUAGCUAGCUCGAGCAGGCAGCCACACCUGGCGCCGGAACGGAGCACAAUACAUCCGAUCCAUCGAUCGCUGUAGGUGUCCUUCUCUGAGAUGGCCGGAGGGAAGCUGUACUCGUUCGAGGAGGUGAGGAAGCACAACGACCGCAAGGAUUGCUGGCUCAUCAUCGCCGGCAAGGUGUACGACGUCACGCCGUACAUGGAGGAGCACCCCGGCGGCGACGAGGUCCUGCUGGCGUGCACAGGCAAGGACGCGACGGCCGACUACGUGGACAUCGGCCACAGCGCCGACGCCAAGGAGCUCAUGAAGCAGUACUGCAUCGGCGAGGUCGACGCGGCCACCGUCCCGGCCAAGCUCACCUACACCUACCCCAGCGACUCGAGCGCCCAGAAGGCGUCGGCGAGCGCGGGCGCCUGGGCCACGACGCUCCUGCAGCUCGGCGCGCCCCUCCUGCUGCUGGCGCUGGCCCUGGCGAGCUACGGCAAGGGCUGGGCCAAGGCAGAGUAGGAGGCGAGCACGAGAUGCCGUCGUUGAUUCCGCGGGGGCGCAUAGCUGCAGCCUCUUGGAAGCAUCUGGGAGUUGUUUUUGGGUCCUUAAAAAAGUACGAGUGGUUCGUGUGUUCACCUCAACCGCUGGGAGGUGUCGUCAAUUUUAAAUUACUGGGUAUUGUGUAUCGAACAUGAUGUAUACAGCAUACUGCUAUAAUUACGUGUUCGUAAAAAUAAUUUGAAUCUUGUUGCUGAAGGGGAGGAAAA